GGAGUCCUGGGCAGAGCCAGUCUACAAGGGCGGGGCCUAAAGAGCGCCCUCAAGGGGCGGGGCCAGCCCUGGUAGAUUGGUUGAUAACUGUGGAAGGCUUUUCGUGCUCUGUUCUGUGGCAUGAAUAUACACUGGCAUCUCGGGUGGGGCAGGAAGGGCACGUGUUCAGGUGUUCCCGGAAGGGUGAUCUCUGUCCUGGUCUUUGAAAGACAGGUUGGAGUCUUUCCUUCAAAGCAGAAGCAUCGUUGUUCAAAGGAGGGAACAGCGUAUCCCAGGAGAUGGGCAGCAGUUUGCAUGAUGGUUGGGCCCUAGGACACUAUGGUCAGGGAGAAGCAGCCAGGAUGUGGACCUUUGGAUGUCGGACCCAGAAGCCAGGCUUUAGCCUGGAAGCAAGGAAGGACCAGUGGAAAGGGGAGAUCUCAGACUUGUAGGAGAGAAUGACUUGUCUGCUGAUAGGGCUGAGGCCAGCGGUAUUUGCCUGGCGAGACGGCACAGGAACCCUCAGCUAGAGCCCUGAGAACGGAAAGCAGAGGGGCAGGAGGUGAUAGGAUUCCAGGGGAAGGCAGAUGAGGGCUGAAAAAAAAAAAGUCUGGGAUAAGAUCCCAACUCAGCCAGGAGUAUGAGAGUCAGGAGAAGGGAAGUCCUACUACAUCCAUCCUUCAUGUGUGCCCCUCCCUCACACACACGCACACACACACACACACACACACACACACACACACACACACACACACACACACACACACACACUGCUUCCCUCCUGCUCUCAUGACUGUGCCUUCCUUGGUACCAGCAAGGGGCCCGGUCCAGUCCUUUGAUGGUAUACUGGGAGGUUGCACAGGAAAAGGUGAAUUCUCAAAGUGGCUAAUGCUGAUGUAGGUCUGGGACCUACAUUGACUCUGGCACCAACCUCUGCUGUCAGUGCCAGGAUUUAGACCCUCAUUGCAAACCUGCCCAGGGAGAACUUGGGUAACAUUUGGAACAUAAAUGGUGACUGAGCUCAAGGGUAGAGCUACCGGUUAGAUGGCCAGAGAAGAGGUAGGGCCCACAUGGGCUCCUGUAGCAUACACCUGGAAAAAUAACAAGUCUCUGUCCGUCCCUUGUUAAUGGGGACAUGCUGUAUGCCUUUUUGGUCCAGGAAGUUGUCCCUCACUCCAUCUGCCCAUCUGUCCACCCUCCACCCCUAGCCAAGUCCUGGGCUGCAGACCCCCAACCUAAGAAUGAUAAAGAAAGGAGGGACUGGCCUGCCUGUCCCAGCAUGGCUUCAGGCUGGGACCCAACCUCGACACACAGGGUCUGGUCCGUCUGCCUUGAGCCCCCUGUUAGGCCAGACUCCGGCCCAGGGCUGCCUUCCUUGCAUGGAGCCUUGCAGCAACUCUCAACUGAGACCUCCAACGGCAGAGUCUCCCCCCAAGAGGAGGAAGAAGAGAUACCUGCGGCAUGACAAGCCCCCCUACACCUACUUGGCCAUGAUCGCCUUGGUAAUCCAGGCCUCACCCUUCCGCAGGCUGAAGCUGGCCCAGAUCAUCCGUCAGGUCCAGGCAGUGUUCCCCUUCUUCAGGGACGACUAUGAAGGCUGGAAGGACUCCAUUCGCCACAACCUGUCCUCCAAUCCAUGCUUCCGUAAGGUGCCCAGGGACCCUGCAAAGCCCCAGGCCAAGGGCAACUUCUGGGCGGUGGAUGUGAGCCUGAUCCCAGCAGAGGCGCUGCGCCUUCAGAACACUGCCCUGUGCCGGCGAUGGCAGACCCGGGGCAAACACAGAACUUUCGUCAAGGACCUGAGCCCCUACGUGCUCCAUGGCCAGCCUUAUCAGCCACUCAGUCCCCCACCACCAUCCAGGGAAGGUUUCAGCAUCAAGUCCCUGUUAGGGGACCCUGGGAAAAGAUCAACAUGGCCCCAGCAGCCUACACUAGCUGGACAGAGCAGCGCAGCUCAGGCAGGCACCUGGUCCAAGGGGGGAGAAGGGAUGUGCACUGUACCCCCUAACUCCUCUGAGAAGCCUCUGUGGCCCCUGUGCUCCCUUCCUGGGCCCACGAGAAUAGAGGGUGAAUCUUCCCAAGGGGACGUCAUCAGGCCCUCCCCCCUUUCCCCAGAGCAAGGCACCUGGCCUGUCCACUUACUUCAGGGUUCCCCAGAUCCCAUGGGAAUGUCCAACAGGGGGUGCAGGGCUCCCUUGUGGGGACAGCUCCCCACUUCUUACUUGCCCGUCUACACUCCCAAUGUAGUAAUGCCCUUGGCCACACUACCUCCUACUUCUUGUUCCCAGUGCCCAUCUUCAAGCAGUCCAGCCUACUGGAGUGUAGGCACUAAAUCCCAAGAGUCCCAGGACCUGCUCAGUGAUCUCGAUUCCCUCUUCCAGGGAGUACCACCCAACAAGAGCAUCUAUGACGUGUGGGUCAGCCACCCUCGGGACCUGGCUGCUCCUGCCCCGGGCUGGCUGCUCUCCUGGUACAGCCUGUAACAGUUCAAGGCAGGCAGGGGCUGCUUCUCCCUUCCACCCCUGGAUACCAUUUUGAUGGGAGAACCAGAGUCAGGAGCAUGUCCACAGCAACAGCUUUAAAACACCAGGCACAUCAGGCCUUGCUGAAAACCCACAACUUUAAUUGGGUUACUCCAGAAAGGUUGCCUCUGCUAGAUAUGACAUGAUCUGGCCAAUCAUGCCUUCGACUCUCCCCCACACAGGGACCGGGUCUGGAGAAAGUGCUCAGGCUAGAGUAGUGCUUCUUUUCUUGAUCCCACCUUCUCAGGCCUUCAUGCCAUCCAUCUAUCCAGCCCUCUGUCACCACGCCUUCCUGGCUCCAGGCUGGGGGAGGGAGAGCCAAAAGCGGGUCCAAUCUGAAGUCUUGCCCCCCCCCCCCACCUCAGCUGCCUGGGUAGGAGGUAGCACCUUUUGGGGGGGGAGGGUUAGGAAAUGAAAGACUGGACCCUACAUGAUUUGUGGGGGAUGGAAGUAGGGGAGAGGUCAACAGUAAAGGAAUUUACAACACUUUAAUUCCAAGUCUGAUAUUGGGGGCAGGGUGGUGACUUGGGAAACCACUUGGUCCGGGGUCUGGUUCCUGCAGCUCUGGGUUCCCUGCUGUGUGCUGUGAUAAGGGCAAAUGGUGAUAAGGUGAGAGCUGAGGGCCUGUGGCCCACUUGGGGGUGGAAGGGUGGAGGCAAUCAUUUCUCCAAGCACAACAUUCCCUGGCCAGAUCCAGAAGGGCAAGGGGGAAAUUGUGGGACUCUGGGGGGCAGCGAGGGCCUGAGUGUAAAAAGAAAAGAAAAAAAAAAGGGUUGACCUGGGAGACGGGGUAUAGGAAC